AUGCACUAUCACCAUACUGAGAUAGCUUUGCACUAUCACCUCACGCUGAUUGAUCUACCCUCAGCUAGCCAAACGGAGGAUGUUUACUCUUGGGUUGUGAAUGGGGUUGAUUGCAGAGGCUUCUCAUCAGCAAAAACUUGGGAAGCUCUGCAGCCAAGAGAAAGUAAGAAAGAUUGGGCGGACCUAAUCUGCUCAACUAGAAAGACUCCCUACAAGGACAAGAACAGCCUCUUGGGGACUAAGCGUCUCUUUAUCCUGUCCUGUUUGUCUGGUAGGAUUGAGACAAGAGACCAUAUAUUGCUCCAUUGCGGUUUUGCUGCAGAGAUAUGGACAGCUGUUUUCUAUAAGAUGGACCGUCAUCAAGCACCUUUCACCACAUGGGCUGAGCUUCUAUCUUGGAUUAGAAGAUCAUCUGCUUCAGCGCCUUCGCUACUCCGCAAGGUGGUUGCUCAAUCCGUCCUCUACAACACUUGGCGCCAAAGGAAUAAUGUGAUUCACAAUCACAUACUAUUACCGGCGAGAACUACAUUCAAAGUCAUUGACAGAGAAGUGCGCAACACAUUCUUCGCGAGAAGGAAGAGACGGAAAUUCAAAAACCUCCUCUUUUGUUGGCUAGCUUAA